CAAAGCACCGCGCAGUCCAUCGAAGACCUGACGCAGAACGCUCUUCAGGAACUCUCCCAGAUUGACAAUCCCGACGAGUUGGAGCAGUGGCGCGUCCGCAUAUUGGGUCGGCGCGGGGAGUUGACCGGCAUUUUGCGUGGACUUGCCCAGUUAGACCUGGAAGAGCGUCGGCAAGUCGGCGCCCUGGGCAACCAGGCCAAGGCCGCCCUGGAAGAGGGCCUGGAAAAACGCGGCCGCGACAUCAGCGAAGCCAGGCUGGCCCAGGUUGCCGACCUGGAACGAAUCGACGUUACCCUGCCUGGCCGGCCUGUGGCCACGGGCCGGCUGCAUCCUACCACCCAGGUGUUGCGGGAAAUUACCGACGCCUUUGUCGCCAUGGGUUUCAGCAUCGUUGAGGGUCCCGAGGUGGAGUGGGACCACUACAAUUUUGAGAUGCUGAACAUUCCCCAGGGCCAUCCCGCUCGCGACAUGUGGAAUACCCUGUGGGUGGACUACGUUAACGAGGAAGGCCAGCGGCCCAUGCUGUUGCGCACCCAUACCUCACCCAUGCAGGCCAGGGUGAUGGAGAGCGUCCAGCCUCCUGUGCGGGUGAUUGUUCCCGGAAAGUGCUACCGCUACGAGGCCACCGAUGCCACCCACGAGUGGCACUUUUACCAGGUCGAAGGCCUGGCUGUGGACGAGGGUAUUACCUUCGCCGACCUGAAGGGCACCCUGUACGAGUUUGCCCGCCGCCUCUUCGGCACGGAAAGAAAAGUCAGGUUCCGCUGCGAUUAUUUCCCUUUCGUGGAACCAGGCGUGGAUAUGUCCAUUGACUGCUUCUCCUGUGAGGGCAACGACAGCAGUUGCCGUAUCUGCCGAGGCAGCGGUUGGAUCGAAAUCAUGGGCGCCGGAAUGGUCCAUCCUCGGGUAUUGGCCGGGGUAGGCUACGACCCUGAAAAGUACACCGGCUUUGCCUUUGGCCUGGGGCCGGAGCGCAUCGCCAUGCUGAAGUACGGCAUCGACGACAUAAGGCACUUCUACUCCAACGACCUGCGUUUCCUACGGCAGUUCUAG